UCAUAUAUUCUAAUAGUUUAUAUUGCUCUAUGUUUUGUCUAUCUUAAUGUACACAUGUGCAGAAUACGUGUCAGCAACAGGGAAUAAAUCAGUCCAUCUGGAUACUUCAUCGACGUCUUUCAUUUUCUCACCUGAACCUACCAAAUUAAUAAAUUAUUAUAAAACAUGGCGCAGUCGGUAGUCCGUGUACAGUUUAGUGAAUCUAAAUGAGUGAGAGUAUUGUUACGGCAAAUAAAUAAAUAAAUAAGUGGACUCAAGGAAAAUUAACAAUUCACAAUGGAGACUCGUACAUUAGAACCAAUGCCGAUGAAGGGAAAUUCAUCACAUAAUUGGAUGGUAUGGAAACAGAAAUUUUUAAAUUAUCUGAUAGCAACAGAAGCAUCGGAAAAACCGGAAGCUGUUCAAUGUGCCAAGCUCAUUUACUUCAUUGGUGAUGAGGGCCUAGAAAUUUACAAUACGUUCUCAUUCACUGACGCCGAAAAAGAUAAAAUUGAACCUCUAAUUGCAAAAUUCGAGCAGUAUUUCGUACCAAAGAAAAAUGUCGACUUUGAGCGAUAUAAGUUUUUUACCCUGAGACAACAUCACGAAACAAUUGAACAAUUUGUAACCAUUUUGAAAAAUACUGCUAAGAAUUGUGAAUUCCAUCCGGAAAAUGAAGAUGGACUCAUAAAAACUAUGUUUGUGAUCGGUGUGAAAAGUGAAUCAUUACGAGAGAAAUUAUUACAAAACAUUGACUUGAAAUUAAAUAAAGCAGUAGAAUUGUGCUUAGUGUAUGAAAGUGCCAAAUCACAGUGCGAAUUAAUGAAGAAUGGAAACCUUUUCGAGGAUGGUUUCACCAAAGUUGAUGAUGUUCGUGAAAAUUCCAGAAAACAUCGACUGCAGGCAUCGACAUCCAAGGUCAAAUCAGCGGCCCAGAUGAAAUUUUCAGAACACCGACGAUAUCAGCGAGAUAAGAGCGGUAUGAAUAAAAACAUAAAGAAUUGUUCUCGUUGUGGAUAUUCACAUCCGAUAAAUAAAUGUCUUGCAUAUAAAAAAAAGUGUUCGAAAUGUGGCAAAUUGAAUCAUUCUGCUGCUUGCUGUAAAAUGAAAAAUAUAAAUUUUAUUGAUGAUUCCAACGAACAAGAAGGUGAUUUUAUUAUAAAUUGUAUUAAUGAAUUACAUCAAAAUAAUAAUCACAAUAAGGAUUGGUCAAUUACACUGCAAAUAGAAAAUAUAAAAAUUAAACUUAAAAUUGAUACGGGGGCUUGUGUAAAUAUAAUUAACUAUAAAGACUUUUUAGAUCUCAAGAAAAAACAAAACACAAAAAUAGUUAGGGCUGAUAAUAAACUGAUUUCUUAUACAGGUAACAAAAUUCCUGUUAUUGGUAAUUGUUUUCUUAAUAUAAAUUAUAGAAAUAAAUUGUACAAUUUAGAAUUUUUAGUAGUUAAGGGUGAUCAAUACCAAGCGAUCAUUGGCCUAGACACUUGUUUAAAAUUGAAUUUGAUUAAGAAGGUUGAAGCUAUUGAAAAUAAUAAUUUAGAUAUUGAAGAAUAUAAAAACUUAAUUAACGAAUAUGAGGAUAUUUUUAAAGGAAUAGGAAAACUAAAUAAGCAUUAUCAUAUUGAAUUGAAAGACGAUGCAGUACCAUGUAUACAUCCUGUUCGAAAAGUUCCAUUUGCGAUUGAAUCAAAAUAUAAAGAGACUUUAGAACAAUUAGUUAAGAAAAAAAUCAUUGAACCAGUGGAAGGAGUAUCCACCUGGGUAAAUCCUGUAGUCAUUGUAAAAAAGAAAAAUGGUAAUUUGCGUAUAUGUUUAGAUCCCCAGGAUUUAAAUAAAUCAAUUAAAAGGGAAUACUUCAAGUUGCCCACAAUUGACGAGUUGAUUUCGAAAUUAAACGGUGCAUGUUACUUUUCGGUGUUAGACGCAGCAAGUGGUUUUUGGAAUAUACCCUUAGAUGAAGCUAGUAGUGAAUUGUGUACAUUUGGGACCCCAUUUGGUCGUUUCCGUUUUUUGAGAAUGCCAUAUGGUCUUAAAUCAGCUCCUGAAGUUUUUCAGAAAAGAUUUAAAGAAAUUUUUGACGGUGAAGGUACUGAAGUUUAUAUCGAUGAUUUAUUUGUACUAGAAAUGAACAUGAUUUGA